UUAUCUAAAGAGAAACGCGUGUCAGUCACUCUUGGCUACGAAUAUACGAUUGAUUCCCCUUUCCGAUUAGAUUUGGACCCUCUAAACCAAAAAAGAGAUUAACUUUGAAUUCAUCAUGACGACGAAGACGACGAUUCAAUUUCUCUGUAGACGUUGAAUUUAUUGUUGUUGUAGCUUCUUGAAAACUCUUCUCAUCCUUUUUCCGAUUCGAUUUUGUUUCCGAUUAGGUUUUUACAGGCUUUGCUACCAAAAAAAUCUGAUUUUUAUUUUUUUUACUUGCUUGAUUGAUCUGAUCGAAACAGAGCUUCUUCUAAUAGUCAGUUUGAUCAGGUGAAUUCUCUCUACGUUUGCUCGAUCUGAUUAUUGGGUUUGAUCGUUGGAUCGAGAAUUGGGAUUCAGAUCGAGUUUCAUAGAUCGAUUCUGAUCCCAAUCCUUAGAGAAGAAAACAAAAAAAGAAUCCAACUUUGAAGAUUUGAAUCGGUUGGGUAACUUUUAUCUCUCUCGAGGGGAUUCGAGUGAGUGAGAUGGUAUAUUUCCAUAGCUCAAUCUCGGUCUGCAAUUCCGUCGACCAAUCUCCAACAACAACAUUGAUCAUGUCCAACUCUCUUCACUCCUCCUCUAAGCCGACAAGAACCACUCGCAAAUCCCACACUUCUUCUCCAACCUGUUCCAACUUCCCUGUCUGCGACAGAUCUCAGUCCGCUGCUAUCGAUGUCGUGAUCCUUAUCGCCGUGAUCACCGCCUGCGGGUUCCUCUUCUUCCCUUACGUCAAGCUCAUCACCCUCAAGUCUAUUGAGUUCUUUUCAGAUCUCUCUGUUUUAGUCAAAGAAGAGAUUUUGCAGAACCCUAUUGUCUAUGGUUCAUUAGCUUUGAGCAUCUUCUGUGCUGCACUCUCCACUUGGCUUGUUAUACUCUUGUGUACUAUGCAGCGUUGUGGGAAACCCAAUUGUAAAGGGCUUAGGAAAGCUGUUGAGUUUGAUAUUCAGCUUGAGACUGAGGAAUGUAUCAAGAGUUCCAACAACAACAACAGUGCCGGUAAGAGAGGGAUGUUUGAGCUGCCUCGUGUCCAUCACCGUGAAUUGGAAGCCGAGCUCAAGAAGAUGGCACCGCCUAAUGGGAGAGCUGUCCUCGUUUUUAGAGCCAGGUGUGGUUGUUCUGUAAGGAGAUUAGUGGUUUCUGGACCAAAGAAGCAGCAGAGGAAGAUCAAGAAAUGAAAAACAGAGAAAGUUAUACAAGGUUUAUUCAGUCUUUUGGAAAUGAGAUUUGAUCGUUUACUCUUUUCUUCGGUUAGCUUUUACUCUCAUACACACACUUUUUUUACAAGAACUGAUAAAUAUGUUAUAGUCUGUGUUUAAAUAAAGUACAAUGGGAACAAGCAUUGUAAGGAUAUUGUUGGAAACUGGUCAUAGUAAAGAACAUUUUGGUUAUA